CAGAGUCCAGCCCCCUGUGCAUUCAGUCGUCCCAGCCUCCGCAGCAGCAGCAGCAGUGAUCCUCCAUCAUGUCCUUCUACAAGAGCAGUUACGCCUCCCGCCUCGGCAGCGCCAAGCCCAGCAGCGUGUAUGGCGGCGCUGGGGGCCGCGACACCCGCAUCUCUGCUGCCACCGCCUCCAGGAGCUUCUCCUCCGGACUCGGCAUGUCUGCGGGAGGACUGGGAGGAGGUUUCAACCUGUCCGAUGCCCUCGAUGUCACCGACAACAACAAGAAGGCCACCAUGCAGAACCUGAACGACCGGCUGGCGUCCUACCUGGACAAGGUCCGCAACCUGGAGAAGGCCAACGCUGACCUGGAGAACAAGAUCAGGGAGUUCCUGGAGAAGAAGACCCAACCUGAAGGACACGACUGCUCUGGGUACAAGGCAGUGAUCAGCGACCUGCAGGACCAGAUCCUCGAUGCCACCCGUACAAACGGAGGUCUGUACUUGCAGAUCGACAACGCUAAGCUGGCCGCCGAUGACUUCAGGGUCAAGUUCGAGAACGAGUUGGCCAUGAGGCAGUCAGUGGAGGCUGACAUCGCCGGGUUGAAGAGGGUUCUGGAUGAGCUGACACUGGGUCGAUCCGACCUAGAGAUGCAGAUCGAGGCUCUGAAGGAGGAGCUGAUCAUGUUGAGGAAGAACCACGAGGAGGACAUGCUGGCCAUGCGCAGUCAGGUGGGAGGUCAGGUCAACGUGGAGGUGGACGCCGCCCCCCAGGAGGACCUGACUGUCAUCAUGGCCAACAUCAGAGAACACUACGAGAAUGUUGCCGCUAAGAACCAAAGAGAUCUGGACAGCUGGUUCCAGGCCAAGACCGAGGCACUGAAUAAGGAGGUGGCUGUGAGUACAGAGAACCUCCAAACAUCACGUUCUGAGAUCACAGAGGUCAAACGGACACUUCAGGGUCUGGAGAUUGAGCUCCAGUCUCAGCUCAGUAUGAAAGCGUCUCUUGAAGGAACGCUGGCCGACACCCAGAGCCGGUUCGCCUCCAUGUUGGCGGCGUACCAGAGGCAGGUGACGGCUCUGGAGGACCAGCUGGCCCAGCUCAAAGCUGACCUGGAGCGACAAGGACACGAGUACCAGAUGCUGCUGGACCUGAAGACCCGACUGGAGAUGGAGAUCGCAGAGUACAGGAGGCUGUUGGACGGAGAACUGAUGAGCGCACCUGCUUCAGCUCCAGCUUCUACGACUCGCAAAGUGUUGAUCGUCACCAAAGAGCUCGUGGAUGAUGAGGAGGUCAGCUCUGAAACCCAGGAGGCGGAGUGAAUGUCAGUCCAACGUCUGUGGAAACCACCACACAAACACAAAUAAAACCGUUCUGAUGAACCAAACACA